AUGCUUCGCUAUGCCAAGUCAGCCGACCUGCCUGCCCUUGCCGACAUUGCCGCCCAGGCCAUGCUAAACGACGAGCUCUUCGUCUACCUCUGCCCCUACCGCCAUGAGCACCAUGCAGACUUCCGCGCGGCUUUCCUCCGCCGCCUGAAGAUGCGCUUGCAUACCCCAGACUGUGUGAUGAUUGUCGCAGUGGAGCCAGAGUGCAGCGGAGACGAAGAAACUGAACACGUUCGUGGGAAUAAACUGACAAUCUCAGGACUCGAGCGCACGCUCCUAUCCAUAGAGAACCACUACUACAACCUCGUCUCGCCAGACCGCAGCAUCGACAACAAGCGUCUGGAACGAUACAACCAGCUCGUUGAGACCGGGUUUGAUUUUGAAGGCAUCUCUGAGCUCUGGUUCCUGAGUACCGUUGCCGUUGACCCGGUUCACCAGCGCCGGGGACUCGGUCGGCUGUUGGUGCAGUGGGGGCUUGAUCGGGCUCGAGAGGAACAGACGCCCGUCGGCCUGGAGGCGAGUCUCCAGGGUAUUUCGUUGUAUGAAAAGAUGGGGUUCCGGACGGUUGCGACGGUGGAGGUUGUGCCGGGGUUGACGGUGCCGGCCAUGUUGUGGGAACCUGAGCGGCCUGCUGAUGGCGAUGCUCAGUCGUAA